GGAUCAGGUGGCACAGUAUGGGGGGGGGUUCAGGAGGGCACAGUACAGAGGAGGAAUACAAAGAUGGCAGACACCAAUCAUGAGACAGUAUUAUCACAUUCCACCAGGGGUGGACUGACAACUCAUGGGGCCUCCGGGCAAUAGGGGAUCAUGGGGCCCCCUGUGUCCUUGCCAAAACUCAAAAAAGCCUAUGAAAAAGGUACCAGGGGCAUCUCAUGGGGCCCCCUACUGACCCCGGGACCUCGGGCAGUGCCCAAGUUUCCAAAUGGUCAGUUCGCCCCUGCAUUCCACUAC